GAUAAAGACCACUCGUUGUAUUUUUUGUAAGAAAUUUGUACAGUUUUUCUCCAUAAUAUAUACAUAAAAAUGCCUGUGGUUGGGAAGGAAAAUAAUAACCGCUUACGGAACUUUAAAAAUAUGGGAAAGGACGAUGAAUGUAGAAGACGACGAAACGAAGUAACGAUUGAACUAAGAAAGUCAAAGCGUGAUGAUCAAAUCUUGAAACGAAGGAAUGUUUCAGUAAAUCCAGAGCCCUUACAAGAGAAUAAUGCUGCCAAUAGUCAGUCACUCUCUCCGGCACAGAUCUAUCAGGUUCUUGUUUCAAACAGCACACAAGAUCAAGUGUUUGCUGCUGUUCAAGCAUCUAGAAAAAUGUUGUCAAGAGAAAGAAACCCUCCAAUCAAUGAUGUUAUACAAGCUGGUCUUGUCCCAAAACUAGUUGAAUGCUUGAAGCAAAGUGUAUCUGACAUUCAGUUUGAAGCUGCGUGGGCAUUGACGAACAUUGCAUCUGGAACAUCAGAUCAAACAUGGAUUGUGGUUAAUGCAGGAGCUCUAUCACAGUUUAUUCAACUAUUGUCUUCUUCCAAUGAGAAAGUGCGGGAACAGGCAGUCUGGGCAAUUGGAAACAUUGCAGGUGAUGGACCAAAAUUACGUGACAAAGUUUUGACAUCAGAGUAUGGUGUUGUAUCAAAAUUACUGGAGUUAAUGCAAAAGCCUGGUUUGCAGCCAUCAUAUCUAAGAAAUAUCACAUGGACAGUGUCGAACCUUUGUCGAAACAAGAAUCCACCUCCGCCAUUUUCUGCUGUUCAACAGCUCUUGCCAGCACUUGCCUACCUGAUAAACUAUACUGAUAAUGAGGUUGUUGCUGAUGCUUGCUGGGCACUCUCCUACCUCACAGAUGGACCUAACGAGAAAAUUCAAGCAGUAAUCAAUGCAAAUGUUUUACCAAAACUGGUGGAACUUCUUGGUACAAACCAGCUUAAUAUUCUGACACCAGCUUUAAGAGCAGUUGGUAAUGUUGUUACUGGUAAUGACAAUCAAACACAGCAUGUCUUAGACCUUGGAGCCUUGCAGUAUUUUGGGGCUUUACUCACACACAAAAAGAACACUUUGAUCAAGGAAGCAGCUUGGGCCUUAUCUAAUAUCACAGCAGGAAAUGAAAACCAAAUCCAGGCUGUCAUAGAUGCUGGUUUGGUCCCUGUAAUAUUACAAAUCAUGGAUCAGGGAGAUUACAAGAGCCAAAAAGAGGCUGUGUGGGUGAUCACAAACCUGACUUCUGGUAGUAACCAAAAACAGAUCCGGUAUCUUGUUGACAAAUGUGGAGCUAUUCCAUUCUUGUGCAAGUUGCUGACAGUCAAAGAACCCAAGGUCAUAUUGGUCUUGCUAGAUGCAUUCAACCACAUCUUAAAUAAAAGUGAUCAAAUGAACAUGCUUGACGAUGUUGCUUUAAGAAUCGAAGAAUGUACAGGACUUGAUAAGAUAGAGGAACUGCAACAACAUGAAAACGAGCAAGUCUUUCAAGCGGCACAGAAUCUUAUUGACAAAUAUUUCCAAACUGAGGAAGAGGACUUGACAGUAGCUCCACAAAGCAUAAAUGAUGGCACAGCAACAUUCCAGUUUGGACAACCAGCAAUGCCACAAUCUGGAUUCCAUUUCUAAAAAGUGACUUUGGAAAGAAAGGAUUAUAUAUCCUAAUUUAAUUUAUCGUUUGCUGAAUUUAUUGUAAAUAUAUUUAGUGUUUGGUUCAAAUUUUUUUCUGUACUAAC